AUGGCUAUGGAAACGCAUGUAGGAUCCAAUCCAUCAUUACCCACCGAUGAUGAAAACGAUCUUCAAGAAGCAGUAGAAGAGGAAUGGAUACGCUUGUCCAAGUAUCUCCAUCAAUUUCAGCCUGAAAUACAAUACUUGCAAGACGUAUUGACAUGGAAAAAUGCUCGCCAUUCCAUGGCUGUAUUUCUCAUCAUUAACAGUGUUUUCCUAUGGAUGGAAAGAAUUCUACAAUCAGGUUUUAUCUCGAGACUUGAGACCGAAGAGCAGUUAUUUAACAUCGACAAAGUUAGUCAACUAUCAAUUCGUUACAAGGAAAUUGUAGUUGCCUAUGUCCGAUCCAGAAAUGUUCAACCGUUACAGUUUUGGAGUAUCCUGAUAGCCUCUACCUGCACGGUAUACGCUUUACUUUAUCAUAUUACGAGAAAACUACUAUUAGGCUAUGUGCUUAGUAUAACACUAUUUUUUACACCAUAUAUCAUCCACCAUCAAGUAUUGAAACGACUAGUUGAUUUCUUACCUAAAUUCAUAGAUAGAUAUAGUAAGCCUGACGCUAGUCAAGACGGUGAAACGUCAAUCUUUGCGGUAGAUUCGAGUGCACUGUGCAAAGAAACAGAUGAUCAGGUUAUGGCCAGUAGUCUUGUUUCAAUUGGUGAAUUUGAGCCCUCAGGCCUAAAUAGCGUCAAUAAAGAAUCUGAUAUUGAAGCGGAAAGCGAAGAGAUUUCAAACUCACAAAUUGUAGACAAUCCACCAGUUGCACCCCAACUUUCGCAACAAAGUGAUAUUGGAAAUCCAGAUAUCGAUUCUUUACAUGAGUUUUACCCAAUUAUAGAUGCAAACGGCGAUGAUUCUAAAAGUGAUUUACCUCGCGAAGACAGAGAGAGGCUAACAAAGGAAGCAUUAGAUCCUGAAACAGAUUCAUUAUUAGAUUUCUAUCCACCCGGCUUGGACCGUGUAGAUUCUGCCAAAGUGCAUAGGCUAGAAACUCAUAAAGAAGUUCCCGAAAAUAGUCAAGAUCAUACUGAACAAGGUCAAAUGGAAGAAAGUGACCACACUUCUGCUAAUGAUAUAAAUGAUUACGUAAUAGUGGAGCCUGUAGACGAUCAAGAAAUCUGCGAUAGUUACCAACCAGCUAUAUCUCAAAAUCUUUUUCCAAUUACAACUACUGUAACUACAGCACAACCAUCUAAUGUAUCUGUGGAACAGCUAGGCGUACGGGCUCAUGAAUCCAGUAAUUCACCGUUAUUAAAUUCAUCCUUUUCUACUUUUGAAAAUGAGAUUAGUAGUGUUUCUACUGCAAAUCUUAGUGAUAUGACUGUAUCAAAUUAUGGUAAUAACAGUGAAAAUGGCAGCACUCAAAUUAGUACACGUAACGAUGAAUAUGAAAUUAUUAAACAUUCGGAAGUCAGUCAGGAAUAA